AAUCAAAGAAAAAAAAAACAUCAGGAGGGCCUCUUGCGGCCGAAUCCCUAACCUUCCUGACGCGUGGAGCCCGACGCGGCGACGACCGGCGGGGGCGUGCAGCCGGCGGGACACAUCUUGCUCCUCGUGAUCGUGAUAUCGCGGCGAGCGUCUUGCCCAAGGAAGGGGAUCGCGGCGACUCCGCGACCUCGGACCUCGUAUCUUCGCAGCGGCUGGCAGCCAGCACCAGGUCCUCCGGUCUCCGGCAGCAACCAACCUGUGUGGUGCCGGCUCUCAAGUGAGAGCAUCAAGCGAGCACUCCAGCAUCCUCCUAUUCAAGCUCGAGUGGCACGACCUGAUCACCUGUCUAGCUGCUGUGAAAUGGACAUUUUGUAUCAGUGCAAGGAGAUCUUAAAGAUUCAGAAGUUUAGGCGAUUGGCGUCUUAUGCUGGAUUCUAUUCCUUCACUACCCUCGUUACCUAUGCUUACACAAGCAAUACGACAAGAGCUGGCAUUUCGAGGGCCGAUCAGUAUUAUGCUUCCUACCCUUCUGGCACUGAGCUAUUAACUGACACUGCAAAGCUUUACAAGGCUGCAUUAGGUAAUUGUUUUGAAAUAGACGACUGGGGUCCAAUAGAAUUCUCCAUCAUGGCAAAGCACUUUGACCGGCAAGGCAAACCACCAUAUGCUUACCAUGCUCAAUAUAUGUCGCACCUUCUAUCCCAUGGCCAACUCGAUGGAAGUGGUUAACUGUCAGAUGUGUUUUAGUUGACUCUCGUGAGGCCUUGGUCUGCCAAUUAUAAGCACUGUAUCAGGUCUUGUAAAAAAAGAGAUGUUUUGAUUGGAAUCCUGGAUUUUGAUGGGCCGUGGUCACGGAUGAGCCACUUCA